CUACACUGCAGUUUGCAGAAAACUCGAGCGACUCUUGCAUUCACCCUGUUGGAGACACAGUCCGCAGAUCUGCUGCAGUUUGUUUGAUUUGUGCAUAAUCUUUGAGGAAAUGGCUGAACAAAGGAACGAUGGCUUGAUUUUCUAUGUCAACGGGAAAAAGAUAAUGGAGAAGAACCCAGACCCCGAGACUAUGUUGCUGUCUUAUCUGAGGCAGAAAUUGCGGUUAACGGGCAGUAAGUACAGCUGUGGUGGAGGAGGAUGUGGAGCCUGUACCGUCAUGGUGUCCAGAUACGACCCUCAGACCAAGAGCAUCAAUCAUUCGUCGGUGAAUGCUUGCCUGCUUCCUGUGUGCCAACUUCAUGGAGCGGCAGUGAUGACCGUCGAAGGCAUCGGAAGCACCAAAACCAAACUACACCCGGUCCAGGAGCGUAUAGCAAAGGCUCAUGGGUCUCAGUGUGGGUUCUGUACUCCUGGGAUGGUGAUGUCCAUGUAUGCAUUACUGAGAAACAACCCACAGCCAACUUUGGAAGAUGUAACGGAGGGUCUGGCUGGUAAUUUAUGCAGGUGCACAGGGUACCGCCCAAUCGUUGAUGGCUACAGAACCUUCUGUGAGAGUGAAAACUGUUGUCAGUUGAAUGGCACUGCAUGCAGUUUGGCCAAUGGAAAUGGAUCCGUGGAGCCCAUAGAGAAUGGUCAUCCAGAACUCUUUCGUAAAGAGGACCUGCUCCCCUUCGACCCCACCCAGGAUCUGAUCUUUCCCCCUGAACUCAUGAGAAUGGCAGAGAUUAAGGACCAAACCACUCAGAAGUUUUGUGGGGAAAGAAUGACCUGGAUCUGCCCUGGAUCUCUAGAUGAGCUGCUCCAGCUGAAGGCUGAUUACCCACAAGCCCCUCUUGUCAUGGGCAACACCAACAUAGGUCUGGACAUGAAGUUCAAGGGUAUCUUCCAUCCUGUAUUAAUAUCACCAACACGAGUGCCAGAACUAUUCAAAGUUACCCAGAGAUCAGAGGGUGUGUGUGUUGGAGCAGGGUGCAGUAUGUCUGUUUUGAAAAGUGUGCUGGAGAGAAGUAUAAAUGGUUUCCCGCCGGAGAACACACACUUGUUUCGGGCUCUUCUGCUGCAGAUAAACCUUGUGGGCGGACAGCAGAUCCGAAACGUGGCUACACUGGGCGGCAAUAUUGCAAGCGCAUAUCCAAACUCCGACCUGACCCCCGUCUUAGCUGCUGGGAGAUGCACUUUAGUGGCACUUUCUAAAGAUGGACGAAGGAGGGUGCUUAUCGAUAAAGAUUUUUUCCUGGGAUUUGCAAAGACUGCUCUAAAGCCAGACGAGAUUGUGUUGUCCGUUUUCAUUCCAGCUACAAGACAGAAUGAGAUCAUCUAUGCCUUCCGACACGCCCCGCGUAAGGAGAACGCGCUAGCUACGGUGAACGCUGGGAUGCGCGUUUGGUUCAACGAGAACUCAAAUGUAGUGAAGGAGAUCAGUAUUUAUUACGGUGGUGUGGGAGCCACCAUCCUCAGCGCUGACCACGUGUGCAAACAGAUUCUAGGAAGGCCUUGGGAGGAGGCAACGUUAAGUGAUGCGUACAGCGCGCUGGUUGAUGAGAUCAAACUUGGGCCGUCGGCUCCAGGCGGGAAGGUGGAUUUCCGCAGAUCCCUGACCUUGAGUUUGCUUUUUAAAUUCCACCUGCUCGUCCUCCGUUACCUGAAGGAAAAGGAUGUGACUCAGAUGGAAAUACCUCAAGAGAUGCAAAGUGCAAUUCAGCCUCUUCCAAAACGCAUUCAGUCUGGCUACCAAGAGUUUCAGAAUGUCUUGGAGAAUCAGCCAGCUCAAGAUCCUGUGGGCCGACCCAUGAUGCACCGGUCGGCGCUGAGUCAGGCUACUGGAGAGGCCGUGUACUGUGAUGACCUACCACACACCGAUGGUGAACUUUUCCUCACAAUCGUGACAAGCUCCAGACCACAUGCCAAAAUCACUCAUAUUGACUUUAGUGAAGCUCUAAAGCUUUCCGGUGUGGUGGAUGUGAUCACAGCCAAAGACAUACCAGGGAAAAAUGGCAUUGAUGAAGAACUGCUGGCUGAAGAUGAGGUGACAUGUGUGGGUCAGAUGGUUUGUGCUGUGGUCGCAGAUUCCAAAGCUCAUGCUAAACGUGGGGCGGCAGCUGUGAAGAUCGGAUAUGAAGAUCUGCAGGAUCGCAUCUUCACAGUGGAGGAGGCCAUCGAGAAAGAGUCUUUCUUUCUUCCUAAAAGACAGAUUGAGCGAGGAGAUGUGGAAAAGGCUUUGAGAGAGGCCGAAAAGGUGUAUGAAGGAGAGAUUCGGAUCGGAGGACAGGAGCAUUUCUACAUGGAAACACAGAGUUUUCUGGUCAUUCCAGUUGGGGAAGAGAAGGAGAUGAAAGUUUAUUUGUCCACUCAGCAUCCUACAUUUACACAAGACUCGGUAGCUGAGACGUUGGGAAUCCCGUCCAAUCGCAUUUCUUGUCACAUUAAGCGACUGGGCGGAGCUUUCGGAGGCAAGGUCACCAAAACUGCCAUUUUGGCCUCCAUCACUGCUGUUGCUGCUUGGAAAACUGGACGGCCAGUACGAUGUGUUUUAGAGAGAGGAGAGGACAUGCUGAUAACCGGAGGGCGUCACCCGGUGUGGGGAAAAUAUAAGGUGGGAUUUAUGAAUACCGGGAGGAUAACAGCAGCCGAUUUCCAGUACUACGCCAACGCCGGAAACACAGCAGAUGAGUCCGUACUGGUCGCCGAGAAGAUCCUCCUACAUCUCGAUAACGCCUAUAAUAUUCUAAACUUGCGUGGGCGAUCGGCGGCCUGCAAGACCAACCUGCCCUCCAAUACUGCAUUCCGAGGGUUCGGUGUGCCCCAGUGCAUGCUGGUCAUUGAGAGUAUGAUCGAUGAUGUUGCUCUUAAACUCGGCCGUCUACCUGAAGAGAUCAGGGAGAUAAACAUGUACAAGGAAGUUUCCCUCACUCACUACAAGAUGGAGUUUGACCCAAAGAAUCUCGUCCUCUGCUGGAACGAGUGUAUGGAAAAAGCUGCCUUCGGUCAGAGACGGCAGGCCAUCGUUCUCUUUAACCAGCAGAACCAGUACAAAAAGAGAGGAAUUGCCAUAAUACCCAUUAAAUAUGGCAUUGGGUUUGCAGAGGGCUUCCUCAACCAGGCUGCAGCUCUCGUGCAUAUUUAUAAGGAUGGAUCUGUGCUAGUGAGCCACGGUGGGGCGGAAAUGGGUCAAGGCAUACACACUAAAGUCCAACAGGUGGUGAGUCGAGAGCUGAAUAUUCCUGCUUCUUUGAUCCACAUCUCUGAAACCAGCACACAGUGUGUCCCGAAUACCUGCCCGUCUGCUGCGUCCUUCGGUACCGACGCCAACGGAAUGGCUGUGCAGGAUGCCUGUCAAAUACUGUACAAAAGACUAGAGCCAAUCAGAAAGAAGGAUCCUGAGGGAACAUGGCAGAACUGGAUAAUGACGGCAUUUUUGGAGAAGAUCAGUCUGUCAGCCACAGGAUUCUACAGAGGUCAUGAUCUAGGCAUGGACUGGGAGAAGCAGGAAGGCAAUCCGUACGCUUACUUCACGUAUGCCGUGUGCUGCAGUGAGGUUGAGCUGGACUGUUUGACCGGAGAGUACAGGACCUUGAGGACGGAUAUUGUUGUUGAUAUUGGCAGAAGUAUAAAUCCGUCCAUUGACAUUGGUCAGAUUGAGGGAGCGUUCAUGCAGGGUCUGGGUCUCUACACCAUGGAGGAGCUCAAGUUUUCUCCAUCUGGUGUUCUGUACACACGUGGACCAGGCCAGUACAAGAUCCCGGCUUUUUGUGACGUCCCUCUGAAGUUUAAUGUCUAUCUUUUAGCCGGCUCAACCAACCCUCGUGCCAUCUAUUCAUCAAAGGGGAUCGGAGAACCGACAUUGUUCCUUGGCAGUUCUGUAUUCUUUGCUAUUAAAGACGCUGUGACUGCAGCCCGAAAUGAUGCAGGUUUAACCGGCCCCUUCCAGCUAAACAGCCCUGCCACCCCAGAGCGGGCAUGUCUGGCCUGUGCCACACACUUCACAAAGAUGGUUGCACAAAGUGAAGCUGGAUCAACUUCUGGACCAGCUCAGCCAUGGGCUCUGGACAUAUGAAAACAACAUCAUCAUCCUAUUAUUACAUUUUUAUCUCACUCAAAGCUGUUGUGUUGCUCUUAUCAAAUCACAUGACAUUUUAUGAUUUCACAGUCGCCUGAUUUAACAUCCAACUAUUAUCAGCUGCUUGCCGAAACUAAUCUUCUAAAGCAAAAAAACAGACAAAAGAUGCUCUGCAUGCAAUCACGUCUCAAGACCAAUUUAUAGUUAUGUUUAUUAUUAACACACUUAACAUUUAUGAUUUCUUUGACAGCUUGACAAGUUUAAUAAAUGUGAAUUACAUUAUUUCUCA